CACAUAAUAUAAUACACCGAAGGGAAAAACGGGAGCCCCAUUUCAAAUUUCCUGCAACGAGAGUGAAAGUAGGAAGGACAUUUUGGUCUUCACAAUUACUUUUUUUUAUUCAUUAAAAAGGUAUGUACUGGGAUUCGAACCAUGACCAUUUUAAAGAAAGGCAAGGAUCAUAACCAAUCACACUAAGUACACUUGUUGUAUCCUUUUAAAUUAAAAACAUAUAAUAGCAGGGUGGAAAAAACUCUUCCCCCAUUUCAAAUUCCCUGUUCCAUGAGCGUUUGUAGGAAGGGUAAAAUAGGGAGUGUCAAUUUUUUCUCUUUCCUCUAUGGAACGGGCCAACUUACCGUACACAUGCGGAUUUAAACGAGUCAAGGAGUGUCAAUUUUUUUCUUUAUACCCUUUUAUUUAUCCGUGGUGAUAAAUAUAUAUGAAAAGGCAAAAAUAAUACUCCUUUUUAUUGUUAAAAAUAAAAAAUUUAAAAAUAGACUAAUGCAUGGUAUCUAAUGGGCUAACCGCUAACCAUAAAAUAAAAGAGUUGAAUAGGCCUGACCUAGAUGAGAUUUGGUCAUCAAGUAAAACAAAUGAACAUCAUGGGUUUGCCAUUCUAAAACAAGCUAUUUUCUCUGGCAUAAUAUAUAUUAUGCUAUUAUUUUAUAUCUUAGUGGCUAAAAUAUAAUGUAUUUUAAAGUUAUUCAAUGGUUCAACCUCGACCAACCCAAUUAGUGCAAUUUUUAUCAUUUCAAAUAUAUAUUUUUAUAAUUAUUUGACAUCAUAAUGAUCAAAUUAUAGUGUAUUUUAUAGGGAAUCGUUUGGUAUUUGUUAGUAAAAAACUAAACAUAAAAAUCUAUUUGGGUAUUUUAAACAUUAAAACGAUCCUUAACAUUUUCAGUUCCUUUUGAAUUUAUAUGGUUUUAUUCCCGAAUAAGUGAUGUGCAAAUGGCGAAUUGUAGUCGUCUUUUUUCUUUCACUAUUUUUUUAUUUUCAAAUAGAAAGUUUAAAAGUAAAGAAUAAUUAGAAUUUGGCAUGGGUCGGUCAAACAGGUUGAAUUUCAAGUUUUGGCCCAUUUGUUUUAUGCAUUGCAAAUUUAUUAGCAUGUUGAUGGAAAUGGCUUGGAAAAAAGACAUAUAAGUUGUAUCUUUGCAGAAAUGUCCUCAAAUGUUUGAAUGCUUUGUGAAUCAGGUUCUGUGACUUUUGUGAUGGUGUAUGUGCUUGACGAUUGCUCGAUGUUGUAACUACUUAAUUUAAGAGUAAAUCUUUUGACUUUCCCUAUGAGUUGUGAUACCAGUUCUGGUGGUUGCAGCAUGUUGUCGUUGUUGGCCUGUAAAAGUUGUUCCGCCGUGAUGCUAAAUACAUUUCUUUCUUUUUUAACAAAUUGUGUAGUAGUGCUAUGAAACAGACCACCCAUGAACGCUACGCUUAUUAUGUUCUGUUCUUACUUCCGGUGGUGAGAAAUUGUGAAUUGAGAAUCAUAUUCGCCUACCGCACUGUGUCUGGUUGGUGGCUGCUUACUGUGCUCUCUAGAGUUAUGAAACAGACUACCCAUGAACUUUACCCUUAAGAGUCCACAACUUUGCGAAAAACCAAAUAUAGGCAAUCAAAGGUGGUGGAUGUGUGAUGAUUUUUUAUGGCUUAAUUGUUUGUGAAUUAGAUAUCUGAUCUUUGUAUGAUUAGAGGGGAUGUUUGCUUAAUAGAAUAAUCCAUUUUAAUUCAUGUUUAUUUUUAACAUAAACUUUUGUAACUCAAAACCUUUGAGACACAUAUCACCUACUGCAUUGUAUCAUUUUGCCUAGGUGCUUGCUGUGUUGUCAAACUUCUUUGCUGCUGAUGCAUUUACACAAACAGGGGAGUUAAGAACCCAUGAAUGUUUCCGUUUGACACAAACAAGAGGACUUACUUCUAAAUCGUGCACUAAAGAUGAUUGGAGGAAACAUCUCUGUUGCAGUUGAUACACUGGAGACCAUAACAAAAGCAACGUAUAACAUCAAAACCAACCAUCUGAACUAUUAGCAUUGUUGCUUUACUCUUUUUUCGUGGUUGAGUCUCCUUCAAAAAAUUUAGUUUGAUUUUAGAAAAUUUUGCUUCUGCAAUCCUGUCUUGCCACCAACGCGUUCAGUAGAUGGAGAUGGCAGAGGCGAAGGCUAUUUUGUGUUGUUGUUGCUGGUUUAGGGAUCGGUUUGUGAAGAAGAGGGAGAAGAGAGGGGGAAAGGGAAAUGCAUGAGAGGGGGAUAACUUUUUCUCCGACAAAAAUGGAGUGAAGAAAGGAAUUAUGAUCAGUAAGGAUAUGGUUAUCUUACAUAACUGUGUCUAUUCUGUUUGAAUUGAGCUUGGGAGGUAGUGAUAAGGACGAGCUGCAACCAAUUCAUAGUGAUAAGAGUGCUAUGAACUGUGAUCAUGUCUUAUUUCAAGUUAGAAGGUAGUUUCAGUAUAAGGAUUAUUUAAUUUGACAAGUUGUUUCGUCCAUGAUUCUUGGUAGUUUCAGUGCCAUUCUAGCCAUUGUUUAGUCUGUAAUUUUUGAGAAUUGAUGUGCGAGUAAUGACUUUCACUUAGCUUCAACUAUUAUGUGUGUAUUUAUUGGCAUGUGAUAGAAUUCUCUUUUCCUUUUCUUUGAAUUCAGUUUCAUACUCUAAUUGUAUCAUUUGUACAUAGGCAAAUCAUGCUCGAGAUGACAACUCGCUGAUAUGGCUGGUGCAAGGAAUGAAGCCAUCAUUAAAAUUCAGACCGACAACGGGGAGGGAUGCCCAGGACUAAUUCAAUGAUGAUUGAUGAUGGUAUGAUAAAAACUGCAGUCUGCAUCAGCACCAAUUUCUAGGCCUAAGUAAAGUUAUUCAACCCAGAACUCUGCUUAGCGCUAAAAAUUGCCCUCACCCAACCUUUAUCCUGUUUGACCCACUUCUGAAGAGUCAAGAUAUAUUACUAAUUCUCUCCGUUCGUAUUUUCUUAUUGGCUCUUUCUGACCCUUUAGGUUGGGGCGGGUCGGGAAGAAUCGGAUUAGUGGGCCGGUCCUAAUCAAGUGGAAUCCCAAUCCCUUCACUCUCACUUGCUUUCUCUCCCAUUCUACAAGUGGGUAACAUACAGUAAUCCGGCCAACGGGCCGGGUAAUAAGCUAGUAGUUAUAAUACUCUACGGAAAUGGAAUCCUACUUCUACCAAAAAACGGCUCUAUCAAUAUCCUUCCCUUCACCAUAUAAAUUAGCUAAGCUACCUAGCUUGAUUCAUCUUUCUAAACCCUAAUCACAAACCCUAAACACGUACGUACAUACACAAUGAAGAAACAAAGCCGUGGGUUCGUGCUGCUGCUCCUUCUCAUGUUGCUGUCGCCGUCGCUGGUGGCCGGGAUUCGACCACCAGCCGAUUCGGCAUCACCGCCGCCGCCACCACCACCAUCAUCGCCCGACCUCGCCGCCGCCCUGCCGAGAUGCUUCAAGAAUUGCCUCAACCGAUGCAACGACUCCCUUCCGUCGCCGCCGCCGUCGGACGAUGAUGAUGACGAGUGCAUCAACCGAUGCUUCAACGAAUGCAAAAGUACUCCUCCUCCUCCUCCUCCUCAGCAAUGCGGGACGUUGGACAGAAGGACGAUUCACGUUUUGGUUGCCGCCGCCAUUAUCGACAUCGUCUGCUACACAGUUGCGUGCUGCCUCGGUCUAUGCAAUUGCUGUGUCAAGAUUUGUUCAUUAGAUUGAUAUAUGUUACUUUUUCUUAAAUUAGUUACUGCUUUUUUGUAAUAGUAAAUAGCUGUUGCAUAAUUUUUACUAGAGUCCUGAACAUACCCUAGUUUGCUAAAGAGGGGGAGAUAGGGAGUAGGUUGGAAAACGGUGUAGUUUGGUCCGGAUCUUAUCACAUUACUUUCAUUAUUAUGAUCAGGAAAUUUAUAUCUUUAAUGUUAUGAUACAACUUUGAUGAUUUCUUUGACCGUCAUCUACAUGAUUGAAUGCAUCAUCGAGAUUUCUUUGAUAGUCACCUACAAGAUUGGAUACUGUAUAUAACAUCCACAGCGAGCACACUUGCGCCUUGAUUUUUGGCAUCAAUAGCUGGUCACUCUGGAGGACCGGAAACGACAAGAGUCUUUACAGGCAAAGUCGUCACCACCACGUACUGAAGCCUUUCUACAACGCGUGUCUUGGUUUGGAUAACUGCGUGAGGAAAUAUGUCAUAGACAAAGACAGGCUCGUUCAUAUACCUAGUGAUCUGCCUAUAGGAACGGAGGGUAGAAUCUCAUGGAAGUCGCCGCCAACGGAGUGGGUUACUCUCAAUUCAGACGCGACUCUAUCAUUCAUGAGUCAGGCCACACCCAGCAGCAGGUGAUCUGAUUAGUGAUUAGAGAUCAUAAAUGAUGCUACCGAGCAGAAUUGAGAGGCGGUGUAGGAGGAGGUCUUUUUUCAGAUGGCCUGGGAGCGGGGCUACCGCCAAGUUCGUGUGGAGCUCGAUUCUUAAAGCCCGACGAGUACGGCUAGCCAUGGUCACUCCCUAUCUUUGGGGUUUCACUUGAGCCUGGCUCUGGGUAGCGAUGUUGGGCCGCAGUGCUAAGAAUGAAUGGGGUGGGCUGCUUCAUAAGCGGGCUGUUGACGAAGUUUAACGUGGAGUGGGGGGUGGCCCAAUUUACGUUCUCGGUACGAAGAAAGAGUUUUGAACCAAUAACCACGGAGUAUUGAAAGGCUGUCAACUUUCAAGUUUCAAUUAGAGGGCAACUUUGGGCGGAUUCAGUACUUAACAACUGGGCUUGUUAUGCAAAAUCUGUAGGGUUCCGAUCACAUGGUCAGUUGGAAGGCAUGAAUCUUUUUGCAGUGUGCCUUUUUUUUUUUUUUUGGAGGGUUGCCCAAUUUUUUACAAUUAUUAAGGACUAAUUAAGCGCUUUGGCCAUAACUAUUAUCAUAAUUAUUAUAUAGUUGAUUUAUGCCUACUUAUUGCUCCUCCUCGACUUUAAUAAUUCCAUUAGUGUUCUGCCGUUAGGGCUCACACAUAUUGACGAAAAAGGGAUCGAUGGCCAUGGCUGCAUUUGUUUGUCUCGAGGAGGAGCAAUAAUUAGGCAUAAAAAAC